CUAAUACAUACUAACACUCAAUCGCGCAACCAACACAAAAGCAUUCAACAAAAUCAAGAAUCGACUUGUUCUCUGGAAGACAGUCAGGUUGGUAACGUUUCUACUGAAACUACUCCCCCCAAAAGCGAAAGAUCUAAAAGGUAUAAAAAUAGGGAAAAGAGAAUAUUUAAAAAGAAAAUGGAAGAGCUAGCGGAAAAGCUUGAAAAGUUGGAUGUAAAGAUAGGAGGCUUAGGGAACAAGCCGAACAUAAGCAUUAACCCGUUCAUGGGAAGGCGCGAUCCACGCACAUUUUCUGCAUUUAUAACCGAAUUCAACAAAGUUGGGACAGCUUACUCAUGGAAUAAAGCGGAUAUGGCUCGAAUGCUCCCUCUUUUUCUAGGAAAAGAAGCCCAGGUAUAUUAUGACAACUUAACAACCCCACAGAAAGGAAACUGGGAUAUUUUAAUCGACCAGUUAGCCCAAAAGUUUUCCAUUGGCAGUAGUGUCCCCCACUUUCGACGAAUGUGUCAGACCCGAAGGCAAAGAGCCAAUGAAUCAAUCCCCGAAUUCGCCGAAAUUAUAUCCCAAUUGGUCGAUAAGGCCUACCCGGAUUCUGGCGGCUUUAACGCCGAUAUACGCCGUGAGAUGGCGAUUGACCUUUUUCGGGGAGGACUUAAAAUGGACUUGCGCGAACAACUUAGAAGGAUGCCAAAACCAAAUAGUAUGCCCGAAGCCAUCCAACAGGCUAUUGAAGAAGAAGAAUCCCAAUUAGAAUUUUCCCGCGAAAAAUUAACCAAUGCCCAAGUUGAAAGUAUUAACCAGAUUGGAAGAGUACAAACCCAACAGAAUCAAAACUAUACUAAUAAUAGAUUCCAAAGAUUUUUGCCCCGAUUUCCAAGAAGACCAAAUUUCCCUAGACCCAAUUUUCAAAAUAAUUACCCACAAAAUUCGCGUUGGAACAAUUUCAACCGAACACCGUACAGAGGUAAUUGGAGAAACCAACAGAAUAAAUUUAGACCAUACCAACAAAAUUUCCAACAGACCCAAAGUAAUAAUGCGAAUAGAACUCGAUUAAACCCUCAAAUCCGUAGAUCGCGUGGGAGAGGAGGCUACAAAAUAAAUGUUGUUGAAAAUAGAAAAUCCCCAUCACCUAUUUUUCCCCUAUUGACAUUAAUUAGUUUAAUUUUCCUUCAAAACGCCGCAGGCUACCAAGUUUGCCUAAAAGAGGAAAAUCCAACUUUGUUAGCCCCACCCGAAAAAAUGAAUUGUACUGUUCCAAAAGGUAAUUUAUAUGAGGAAUAUGAUGUUGAAAUAUUUGUUCCUCGUAAAAGACCUUAUAUUUUUACUGGAUUUAAAUGCGAAAAAUUAAUUUUUGGAAGAAGUACUUACACAUUUAUGCGAAUUUAUAACACAGAAAUUGAGAUAAAAGACAUGAUUGAGUCAGUACCAGUAGACGAGUGCUGGAAACUUAUAAAAAAAGGCCGACUAGGGAAUAAAAUAUUAGAGAGAAUUGACGAAAACACACUAAGGUCUAUAACUAAUUUGAAGAUUGAUUGGGGAAUUUUUGGCACUAGUUAUUUUUAUGACUUUGACUUUAUAAUUUCAAUUGGAAAUGUUUAUGUAAAUUUUGAAACUAAAAUGGUAAAAACGGACUUAGGAAUUUACCAGAAUUGUUCAAUAACCGAAAAUAGUUGUGAAAAUGGAAAUAGUACUAUUGUUUGGGAAGACCCUAAGGAAUUACAUUGUAAAUACGAGUCCGCCGGAUUUUUUCGAGGAAUUGUCUCCAAUGAUUAUAUUCUUGUUGAAAAUCUACAAGCAGCCUUCAUCUUCUCAGAAUUCGCCACAGGCAAUGUAACAGAUGAUAAACAAUUAUGUUUCAAAAAUAACACAUUCUAUAUGGAAAAUGACGUAUUCAUUUCAAUUCCAAAGCUAAGAGACUUUAUUGACAAAGAUUUUGGUUUGAGAAUACCCUUGUUUGCAGAAAUAGGAUGGGGAAAUGAGGAAGAGGAUGAGAUAUUAAGGAAAAAAAGAGAAUUAAAAAGGGCAAGAAAAUUGACCACGAUUUUACCCACACAUCCUACAAUAAAUACAAGUCCCACAGUUCGGGCCACAAUGCAAAAAGAAACUGAAAUGACUACAAAAAGUAUAUUUAAAACAGAAAAAAUAACCAAUAGACAAAUACAAAAAUAUACCACACCGCAACCUCAAAAUAUCAACCAAAAUAUAAAAAUUUUAAAAGAAACAAAUAUUAAUAAAGUCCCAAAUACAAAUAAAGAAAAUAUUAAAAUAACAACAGAAAAAAUUAUAACACAUACUUUCACAACCCCCACGAUACAAACUAAAAUUUUAAAAACAAUAAACCCAAUUUACAAAAGAACCACUCAAAAACCAACGGAAGGAGUAAAAACAGGAAUACCGUUUAAGACCGUAACCAGUACCAAAAGGCCGAAUAUACAUGAAAAUGAUAUUGAAAUUUUAACACGGCCAACCAUUAAAAUAGAGCAAAAAAUUUUACCAACUAGUCCAAUCAAAAUAUCUACUCCACAUUAUCUGGCAAGCAAAAUACAAACAAAUAAACAUUUCCAAACACAACGAUCUGAAAUAAUCACCAGUACCCCAAUUAACAUACUAAAAAGAGCAAGAACAUUAAUCCCAAAUACACAAAAUAACCCUGAACCUGAACCAAAAGAAUUAACAAAAAUAAUAAAUAUAAUAAAUAAAGAAAAUAUAAUAGAACCCAAAAAGAUUAUAAAAAUAAAAAAUAUAGAUAAUAAACAAAAAAUAGUUGUAAAAGACAUGGCCAAAUUUUUUGGAAUUAAACCAAAAAUAUUUAGAAGAGACACACCCUGGCAAAUAGGGAAUAACCAAACACGCCCCAAAACAAUAAAAGACUCACAAAUAAAUAGUCAAUUAAACACAAGGUUACAAUUCCUGGAAAUACACACAGCAGAAAUGGUUAAGAAAAAUUUCGAUAAAUUAUGGGGUGAAAUUUGUAACAUUCAUAAUAAACAAAUUGAGACAGCCAAAACUAUGAUGGGUAUAGAUACAACUCUUGGAGCAAGACUAUGGCUACGUAGACAAGACAUAACCGCGCGAUUUUUAGGCGAAGUUAUAGAAAUUUCUCGAUGUUUUCAAUUAAACCCCACAAAAAUUUUUUGGAAUCACGAAGUCAAUGGGACUUGUUACAAAAGAGUCCCAGUCGAAGUUAAAGAAGAUAAUGUAACGAGAACCCUAUUUUUAAUCAGCGGCUCAUACGCUCAAGACUUGGUAUCUGAAAGUGAAGUAAUUAAUUGCGAGGACCGUCCCAAGUCAGUUUUUAAGGAUGAGAAAGGCCAAUGGCGCACAACAGAAGGAUUAACUCCAGUGGAAAUGGUACCCAAUUUUCUCCCAUAUAAACCAGAAGAAGCCAGAAAAAUCUUUAGGGCAGAGACUAUAUUCCAAUCAGAUUUAAAUAGUUUAAUGGCUUCAAUCUCAGUACUCCACAGCUACGCGAACCGAAUAAAUAAACAAGAAAAAAUUUUAAAUAUUAGAAAUAUAACAAGAGAAAAUGUUUCGAAUAUACUUAUAAAACUUGGAGAAGAAACAGGUUCCCUAGUAGCAUCAGGAAUUGAAUCAAUGAAAAACAUUUCUGCAAACCCUUUAAGCAUUUUGACAGGCCUCACUAAAUGGAAAGAAUACCUAGAAUGGCUUAUAUAUAUUAUUCCAGUAGUUGCUGUAAUAGGUUUAGUAAUAUAUUUUUACCCUUGGAUCCAACCAUUUCUAAGUUUAAGGCCAAAAAGAAAACAAUUAAAAGAAGUUGAAAUAAAUAAUAUAACAAAUAUUAAACCAAGCGCCCCUUUAGAAGAAAUUGAAAUGGAAGCUUUUAUUCACUCAAAUAUCCCAAAAAUAUAUCAGAUAUCAAAUUUAGAACUAGACAUAGAAUCCGAAAUAAACCAUCCUUUAAUAGAAAUUAAAACAAAUAAUUUUACAAUGAAGGCAUUAAUAGACUCCGGCGCGUCAAUAAGUUACUGUAAAUACUCAAUCGCUUUAAAAAUAGGAAAAAUAAAAUUCGACCUUUUACCCAAUACUCGAGCCCGUGUAGCAAACGGUGAAGAAUUUUUCAUGAUAGGAAAAAUAGAUAUAACAAUUGAAAUAUCCCAAUUAAAAAUAAAUACCCAAAUUUUUGUCGCAAAAGAUGAAUUUUGUCCAUACGAAAUUUUACUAGGAUCGGAUUUUAUGAAACAAUUACAGACAAAAACAGGCUUCGAACUUAUUUUUGAUUGGCUAAGAAAAAAAGUAAAAUUUGUGAAUUUUAGAAAUAAUGAAUUAACACACUUGCCAAUGAUUGCAGCAAUUAAUAUAACACCCAUAAAACAAAAAGUUAAAAACUUAGAAAAGAUAACUCUAGACCCUCACACAGAUACAUUAGUCCCCUGUUUUAUCGAAAAUAGUCAAAACCUAGAAAAUGAUAUUUUAGUAAGCAAAGGUAAUUAUUUCGACGAAGAUUCAAUACUAGUAGGAAAAACAAUCUGUAAAGGCAAUAAUGUUUAUGCUCGAAUCCGAAAUGGCGGAAAUUCAAAAAUAAUUUUGUUCCCCGCAAAAUCAAUAGGCUUUUAUGAAGUAUUAGAAAAUAAUAAUGUUGAAGAAAUAUUUUCAAAUACACUAAUAACCGAAGAAAAUAAUAAAGUAGUUAAAGACAAGGCCAAAAUAAAAGAAAUAAAUUGGGAAUAUUUGGAAAAAAAUAUUGAUUUUAAAAAUUCCUGUUUGUCUGAAAAAGCUAAAAAUGAUUUAAAAAAUAUUAUUUAUAAAAAUAGUAAAGCCUUUGUGGGAGAAGACGGUAAAAUAGGUUUUUUCAAUGGCCCCAUUCAACAUAAAAUCGAACUAAUUGACGAAAAACAGUAUGUCCAACAAAGACCCUACAGAGUCCCGCCAGGAUUACAAGAGGAAGUACAUAAACAAAUACACGAUAUGCUGGAACAGAAUAUUAUUAGACCCUCCGAAUCAAUAUUUGCAUCCCCAAUUGUACUAGUAAAGAAAAGAGACGGGAAAUAUCGCUUCGCUAUUGACUAUAGAAAAUUAAAUCAAAACACAAAAAAACAAGUUUAUUUUUUGCCAAUGAUCUCAGAUAUCCUAGACAAAAUAGGAGGAAAGUCUAUUUUUACGACUUUUGAUUUCCAGGCAGGAUUUCACCAGAUAGGAAUUUUACCCGAACACAUAGAAAAAACAGCCUUCGCAACUUUUUGCGGAGUUUAUGAAUUUCUUCGCAUGCCCUUCGGCCUCUGCGGCGCUCCUUGUACUUUUAUGAAAGUCAUGGAAUACCUUAGAAAAGAUCUGUCAGCAUCUUUUCUUGUUUAUCUGGACGAUGUUAUACUAGGAUCGAUAGACGAACAAGAGCAUUUAAAAGACAUAGAGAAUUUUUUAAAAAUACUUAUUAAAUAUAAUUUAAAAUUAAAAUUGGAAAAAUGUUCGUUUGGGAAAUCUGAAAUUAAAUACUUAGGAUUCCUAAUCAGUGAAGAAGGGAUUAGACCAGACCCUAAAAAUAUUGCCGCAGUCCAGAAAUUUGAACCCCCCAAAACUCUCACAGAACUUCGCAGCUUUAUCGGAGCUGUAUCCUAUUUUAGGCGUUUCAUAAGAAAUUUCGCUCAAAUAAUGGCUAAAUUACAUGAAUUAACAAAAUCAGGUGAAUCGGUUGACAAAAAUUGGACCGAAGAACACCAAAAAGCAUUCAAUACAAUAAAAGAAAAACUUAUAACAGCCCCAGUACUAGCGUCACCCAAUUUUUCAAGACCCUUUAUUAUUGAAACAGAUGCUUCAAAAAUCGCAAUCGCAGGUUGCUUACUCCAGAAAAAAGACGACGGAGAACACCCUAUUUCAUUUUCCUCUAGAAAAACCACUCCAAAUGAACAAAAAUACACUACAGCCGAAUUAGAAGCGCUUGCGAUCGUUUAUUGCUUAGAGCAAUAUCGCCCCUAUAUUGAAGGUAUUGGAACGACAAUUGUUAGGACAGAUAAUUCAGUCGCUUGUUCAUUAAUGAAAAAUAAAAAUUUAGUUGGAAGAAUGGCUAAAUACCAACUAGCUGUACAAGCCUACGACGUUAAAAUCGAACACCGAAGUGGAAAAUCCAAUAAAUUUUGUGACCAUCUCUCAAGAUACCCAAACAAUGAACCCAAUGCAAAUAAAGACAUUUUUGCCUUGGAAGUAAACGAAUGGCAAGACUUUGUAAAUAAAUUUAAAGAAAAAACCCGAGACAAUCCCAUCGAUUUUGAACUACCAAAAAAGCUGUACAAUCCACCAACAAUUUGGGAAAAAGUUUCUCUAGAAGAAAUAAGGGAAGAGCAAAAUAAAGACAGAAAUUAUAAAGAAAUUAUAAAAAAGUUAAACGAACGAAAAGAAAAUCCUUUAACAGAACUAGAAACGGAAAAUGAAAACCCACAAGAAAAUUUUUCAAUAAUUGAUAAAACCUUAUAUAAAUGGAUUGAAAAAGGAAAUGAUACAUACCCAGUAAUAGCUAUACCACAACCCUUAAGGGAAAGAAUAAUCAGGGAAUGCCAUGAAGAUGAAUUAAUAGGAGCCCAUUUAGGAAUUACAAAAACUUUAGAAAAAGUAAAGAAGAGAUUUUUCUGGAAAAGAUUAGCAUCAGACGUUUACAAUUAUGUAAAUUCUUGUUCAAAAUGUCAAGAAAGGAAAACAACUUCGAAAAAUGUAUUUAAGGAACCAAUCCACCCAAUCACAACAGCAAAAGUCCCAUUUUACAGAGUACACAUUGACAUUAUGGGCCCGGUCCCGAUCACAGUCGAAGGUUAUAAAUAUAUAUUUACAGUAGUAGAUUCCUUUUCGAAAUGGUUAGUCGCAGUCCCCAUGGAAAACCAAACGGCAUUAACAGUAUCACAAGCAUUUACAAACAAUUUUAUUACAAAAUUUGGUUGUCCGAGAGUUGUCGUAUCAGAUAACGGCAAGCAAUUCAUAAGUAACAUUUUCAAAGAUAUUACAAAAUUAUAUGGGUUCAAACACAACAAAACUACUAUUUAUCACCCCCAAAGUAAUGGCAUGGCGGAGAGGUUAAAUAGAGUCAUAGGAGAUAUGUUAGCGAGUUAUGUAAAUCAAAAAGGAAAUAAUUGGGCUUAUUUCCUACAAAGUGUUGUUUUCGCAUACAAUACGAGUAUUCAAGCAAGUAUAAAGCAAUCCCCAUAUUUUGUUUUAUUCUUUCGAGACCCACUAUUACCAAUAGAUUUAAGAUUGUCGAACUGGGAAGAAAAUGAUAGGGAAGAAAAUAUUUCAAAUUAUUUAGAAGAGAAUGUUAAGGGAAUUGAAGAAAUUUGGAAGUUAGUAAAAAUUACACUAGAAAAAUCCCAAAUAAGUCAAAAAGAAAACGCAGAUAAAUCCAGAAAAGAACACGAUUUUAAAAUAUUCGAUUUAGUCUUUGUGAAAAUUGAUCAUUACGAAGUUGAAAACGCUCACAAAUUUCGUCCCAAGUGGAGCGGACCUUGGAGAAUUUUGUCAAUAAAACCUCCCGUUUUAACUGUUAAAAAUAUAGACACUGAAAAAACAAUUAAAAUACAUAUGGAUAAAGUGAAAAAAUUUGUUCAAAAUUGCACCAUACCCCUAAGAAAGCUAACAAAAAAUUCAAGCGAGGGGGAACAGGAACAUAAUUCAGAAAAUAAUUAA